AUCAGCUGUGUCCAAUCACAGCUGAUCACAUGGGACAUGUACAUUGAUCAUCAGGGCGCUGAUGAUCAGUGUGCCCUGAUGAUCAGUGUAGCCCCAGCAGUGCCACCUGUCAGUGUCCAUCAGUCAGUGCUCAUCAGUGCCACAUAUCAGUGCCUACCAGUGCACAUCAAUGCCACAUAUCAGUGCCCAUCUGAACUGCCUUUCAGUGUCACCCAUCAAUGCCAGUAAGGGCCACCUAUCAAUGCCAAUCAGUGCCACCUAUCAGUGCCACCUAUCAGUGCCAGUCAGUGCUGCCUAUCAG